CAUCUCGUCUAUCCGAGCAAACAAGUCGAGUACCAGCAUCCAUUGUCUGCAGCACGCUCGUAGAGAACCUUCGAGCAUUUUGUUCGAGAAUUUCAGUCAACCUUUGCUCAUUUCACAUCUUCUACCACACUUAGUUGCAGACACGUCCAACCUUUUCAUCAUGGGCGCCAUGUCCGCUCACGGCAGCGAGGCUGAGCACGAAUCACUCAUCAAAGUCGAUAUCCUUCCUGGAAAGGGACGAGGACUCGUUGCCACGACUCCCAUCGCAUUUGGGACCACCAUCUUCGCCGAAGUGCCCUAUCUCAAGCUCGAAGAUAAUUUUGCGAAACUCAACCCCCCGGCUGCCAAUGCGCUUCUCGCCCAGCAGCUGCGCGACCUUGACAAAGAAGACCAAAGAAGCUUCCUCCAACUGCGAAAUUUCUUUCCAGGACUGUAUCCGCUCCUCGGAACAUUCGGCAGCAAUGCCCUGCAGAUUCACGACUCCAUGCACGCCAUCUUCCGGCACGCGACGCUGAUCAACCACGACUGCAUCCCCAACGCGCGAUACUUCUGGGACAAGGAUACCGGACGCCAGGUUGUUCGAUCCCUGAGAAGAAUCGACAAGGACGAAGAGAUCACGGUGGCGUAUAUCAUGCGAGGGACGCGCGCAGAGCGAAGAGAAAUGUUCAAGACGCGCUAUGGAUUCGAGUGCACAUGCGCCCUGUGCUCGGCACCCGCCGAAGUUGUCGAGCAGAGCGACGCAAGGCAGGCGAUAAUCAGGAAGCACGACGCGCUCGUAGACUCCGACCGCAUCAAGACUAACCCCGUCGCCUGCAUGAAAUCCUGCCGACACCUGGCGUAUGCGGUUAAGCAGGAGUACAAGGCAGACAAGGGGCAGAGCCGCCUGUAUCAGCCGUUCGAAGAGGCGAUGGACACCUGCGGUCGGCACGGUGAUCGGGCGCGGGUCGUUAUGUUUGCCAAGCUGGCCGUGGCCAGUCUGCAGCUGUGCUUUGGCUACGACCACAAGAGGACCUCACGGGUCAGGAGACUGGCGAUGCAUCCGGAUACCAUGGAGGGCUUUGGUACGCAUAGCAUGGAUUGGGAGACCUGGCCACACGAGAUACCUGAGAAUCUCGGGGGAAGCCAGUUUGAUGAGUGGUUGUGGAGGGCUGGAGAGUGGGCUGUGCCUGUGAUGGUGAAGGUGGACGACGAAGAGUGGAUUGCAACCUGCAAACGGUUGUUCUUGAAGGAGGGAUGGGAGCCAGAUGCAGAUGGAAGCGAUGCUUGAGUUGGAGGCGGCCUUCGGUUUAGCUUGCAGAGGAGAAGGUAGACGAGAGUCUGAACUUGGGGUAUCAGGAGACACGAGAAGGCGCCCAUGAACUUCCUUUAUGAAGUGUGUAUGCCCCAUGCGCGUCGAGGUGGUCUGGUCCUGGGCCUUUGCAGUUGACCCUGGGCUCUUGAGUGAUGCGAU